ACCUGUCAUGGCUACUCAGGUGUUUCGGAGAGAAACUUUGACAUAAGCUGUCAAGAAACACAAAAUAACAUCGAACAAGACCAGGCAGGUGAAAAUAUUUUGAAAAUGGCUGAGGAAGGGACAAAUGAAAUUCUUCAGGAAGAAAAAGAUGUACAAGAAGAAACAACUGAAGCACAAAUUGAAACACCUGGUAAUGAGGAAGAAAUAGAAGCAGCAACUGGGACAGAAGAAGUAGCAGAAACUGGGACAGAAGAAGUAGCAGAAACUGGGGCAGAAGAAAUAGCAGUAACCGAGGCAGAAGAAAUAGCAGUAAAUGGGACAGAAGAAGUAGUAACUGGGACGGAAGAAACAGCACUAAAUGAAGCAGAAGAAACAGCUGAGGCUAAGAGUGAUGGGAAUGAAAGUGAACAAAUAAUGGAUGAAGAACCAGCAAAAGUGAACGAAGCUGGAGAUCUAAAAAGUGUGGAAACCGGGGUGCACGACACAGAACAGCCCAUGGAAAACGAAUACAAGAGGGAGAAUAAAAAUGGUGGAGAUGAUGAUAAAGAAGAAACACCAAAACAGGAAUCUAUACGAGGCACUAGAGAAGUAACCAAUGAUGAUGAUAAAAUAUCUGUACCAACCACAACACCUGUUGUGGACAAUGUAGGCACAGUCACAGAGGAAAGUACUGAGAAGCAUGAAGUGGACCCUCAUGCACCAUCCCCUCCCCCUGAGGUGUCUAUGGAGGCCACAGCUACAGUUAAAUUUGUACUCAUGCCGACUGGACAGGUAGCAACCAUGGCUUGUAUGCUGGGUCAGACACUGAAAGAGCUAAAGAAUCAUUUUGCCACUGAGCUCAAGAUGCCAGCUGAUUUGAUUCUCCUCAUGUUUGAUGGGAAAAAUAUGACAGAUACCACCACCUUAGCUGAACUAGGAGUUGGUCCGAAUGGCACUGUACAGUUGGAAAUGCAAUCAGCUGAUCCCAUCAACACUCCAAUCAAGACGUUUCGCCCACAGGUGGAUUAUCACAUGCCAGAUGUAAUUACAGUGAGAGUUCAAAAUGAUAGUGGAGGAUUCAGUGAUGUGGUGGUGGAAAUUGAGAGAGCCUCUCGGAAGAAAACUUAUAUGGGUGGGUAUCGGCACAAGCAGACUGGCGUCGAGUUCCAUCACGCAUCAGCACAGACAGUCCAGAAGCAGCGUCCAGUGUCAGCGGUGGAAAAAUUUUGCAGAGACACGCAGACUGUUCAGCUUCGGCACCAAGUCCAGCAAACUUUCAACAACAUGGCAACACAGAUGACAAAAGUAGGCGUGUAUGUCAGCAAUAUGGAAGACAAGUUAGUUGUUCCAGGCCAUUACACAACAGCAGAAGAGCAUCAUGAUUACAUCCUCAAAAAGAUUAUAAUCCUACAAAAAUAUUAUCGUCGAUGGCUGGCCAAGAGAUCUGUUCAAUCUUUGCGUGAAGAUAAAGAACGCAGAAUAGAAUUUGAGAGACAAGAAGAAAUUCGAAAGAAGAAAGAAAAGGAAAACAGAAUCCGAAAAGAAUUCGAAAGGAGAAUGAAUCCUAAAACAAAAGAAGACUUUGAUUUAUUGUACCACGCUUUAGAGAAAUGGAGGAAAGAGGAACUUGAGAGGAUCAACUCUGAGCUAGAUGGAGCAGAACGGAAAGCAGCCUUGUAUAUGUUGUUGGAGCAGGAGAGUCAGUUAAUUGCAGCCAUAGGCCGCCACAAGUUGGAGGCAGAUGGGGAAAACAAGGAGAAGAGAGUACAAGGCUUCCUUGACAAGGCUGCUGCACCCAAACGUUGGAAGGCCUAUGAUGGGAAGUAUACAGAAAUGGACACACCUUUCACAAUCCGGGCACGGGAACUGAAGGACAUCUACAACAGCAUUAAUAUGAAAUAUCUGACUCAGGAUGAGCGGUUGGAUGUACUGCUGACUCUAAAGCACACUGUGAAGGAACAUGACUGUAAGCUGACUCAAGAGAUAAUUGAGCUAAUUGACAGGGAGGCAGAUUUACUAAUGCGUGGGGUCAGGGAUUCGAAUCUUGAGGGACUGCGCAAGAGAAUUUCUACCCUUUUCUUACAGUACAUCAAAACACCCACAUUCAACCCAGAGGCAGCCUCUCUCCUCAAGGUGCCACAGGACCCGACAACAAUGCGUAAAAACAUAUAUUUCUGUCCAAGCUGCAACAGCUACCUCCCCUCUACAGAGUUUUCACUCUCCUCCAAUUCACGUAAUGUGGGCAAGUGCCAUCGCUGUGUGAAGACUGACAAUGAUGGCCGAACUCGACAGGAUUACAGCCACUACCGCUACCUCCUGAAGAGUCUGCGACGACAGGAGGAGAGUCACAGAGAUGGAUCAAGCAUUGCUUUCCUGCUGAAGGAGAAUGACCUUCGCUACCUGGUGGAGAACAUUUGGUCAGGUCAGAGUUCACUGAGCUCCUGGGAUGACCUCUAUGACCUGGUCUUGGGCCGCUGGGACAAACACCAGGAGUGGUCCCCUUGGAAUUGUAUCCUGUUGACCAAAGAUGAGAUGGCAGCCCAUGAAAAAUUGGAAAGUUUAGAAGAAGGAUAUGGCCAAGUAUUUAUGCAGAAAAUUCUACAGAAGCACACGCUGGCUAAGAACUACUUUUCUCGCCUACCUGGCAUGGUUGAACACCUAAGGUUGAAGUUAAAUCAGAAGCACCAACCCCGUGGUCCUUCAGUGGCAGGACAUGGUCUCCCCCUCAGUCAAACAAAGGCCUAACUCCAUCAGAUGAAUUGCACUUUUUGAAUGUUUUCUCUUAAUGUUUUUUUUUUCUGUGAAUAUUGUGUUUAUGAAUAGAUUGAAUUAUAUAAAAUGAAUACUGUUUGUUGAUAUAACUGCAGGCAGUUUCACCUAAUGUUGUUCUUGUAUUGAUUGCUGGACAUUUAUGUAGUGGAUUUAUUUUUCUUUCGUUUUCACUCAGCAAAACAGAGUAGUGAUAAUUUUUUUUGGAGUGUUACCUGUAAAAAGUGCAGAUGGAUGAGAGAAAGUUGUUGCUAUGUAGCAAACAUACAUAGAAUUUUAAUAAUAAUUUGCGCAAAACUAAGUUAUUGUCUCAUUGAUAUAAAUAUCCUGUGGGAGGUGAAUUGCAGUUUGUGUGAAUUCUCCUAUUUUUCUAUGCAUCUUGUCAUUUUUGUAUAGUUCAACUUUUUUAAGGCCAUCAUUCACAUCAAUACUAGUAUUAAUGUAGCCUACAGCAGCAAGCCAGCAAGCCAACUUUUCUUGGUAUCUGAUGGAAAUUUUUUUUUUUUUUAAUAAUGCGACAGUGGAUGUGAACAUACUUAUAAUUUUAAUAAAUUGUUGUUCAGUGUGAUUAACUCCUUUUUGGUUGUCACUGGCUGCUUUUACUAGUACGAUGCCUUAUGUUAAAGAUAUUGUUAAUGGGCACCCAGGCAUGUUCUGACUGAUGAGCGGCCGAUGUCAACAAGUCUGUUAAUUAACAUAGGUAGCUCUAUCAGUACAAGGUUCAAAU